AUGAAUUCGCUAAAACAAACACAACGGGCGUCUGCGCAGCGCAAGCAGGUCUACAAGCCCAUCCUCGACAACCCUUACACGGACGAAGCCCACUUGUGGCCACGGGUCUCGGAUCCGGCGCUGGUGGCGGAGUUGACGCGGCGUCACGUGAUCGCCCCUCUCGCGCACGCCCGUUCCAUGGCGCUGGCUCCGCCGCUGGACGUGCAGGUGGGCUUCAACCAGGUUGUCGAGUACCUGGAGACCGCGCCAGCGGGCACACGCGCGCUCUUGUUUGCGUGCACGCGAGAUGGUGCUCCGGCAGUGCUCUUCGCGCAGCUGCCCGUGCUGGCGCGCGUCAGUGCUUGCGAGGUGACACUCGUACAACUUCCGCGAGGCUCAAACGCAGUUCUCGGUGACUGCUGCGAGGGACACGAUGGGCUGCUGCUCGUUGUCGAGAACGCAAAGUUGGACGGCCAGUUCGCAGCGCGUCUGCGUGAGUGCGCAGGCGAGCAGAACGCGGCCCCGUGGCUGAAAUUCGCGGAAUCCCGGCUGGGGGUGCUGGCGACCAGUGUUCCCUUGACCAAAAAGGCCGCAGCCAAGACCGGAGCUGCCAAUGCAGGCGAGAAAGCGAGUGGGAAGUGCUGA